AGACGAGUUGCCUGCAGGCGGAUGAAAAGGUAAACAAAAACAAAGAGUUCCUCUGGUUUUCUGCACUUCCUGGCCAGUCACAAUGGAGGACAGCGGUGGAGUGACGGAUUCACCUAAGAAGGGCCCUACACUCUCCACAUCAACAUCGAGUUUUGAAGCUCUGGACCCACAUGAUCCAAAUCUCUCAAGAUUGGCUACGAAGAUGUUCCAGAAGACUGGAGAUUUUAUCUCCAGUGAACUCACAGGUCCACUGGAAGAUUACAAACUCCUUGAGAACAUGAAUCGUGCCACGAUCUCCAAAUAUUCCGAUAUGCAACAAAUCACAGAAAAUCUUGCAUCGUCAACAGCAGAAUUGAAUGGAAAGCUUGAUGAACUGGUGCCCUAUCUGCAUCAGAUCGACGAGAUUGAUGCCACAAUCUCUCAAAUUGAAAUUGCAGCCUACAAACUCGAUGCAUAUACCCAGCAACUGGAGGCAAAAUUCAAGAGUCUAACGCAAAAGAAAUAGCCAAAAAGUUGUAUUUAUUUAAAAGUUUAAUACAUUAAAUACAUUUCUCCCAUUCCCAUGCAUUCA